AUGCAGCUCCUAGUUCCUGUCUUUGCCAGCCUCAUGUUACAGUACCAUGUGAAUACAGAAUUUUUAAUAAGGAAAAGAUGUUUAAGUGGUUUUGGGAAAUGCAAGAACCAAUGCAGUGCAGAUGAAAAAGAAGUACAGAGAUGCAAGAUGAAAAAAUGCUGCGUUGGGCCCAAAGUGAUCCGGCUGAUGGACACCUACCUGAAGAAACAAGUACCUCAUUUACCUACUGAAGACAUCAUAGAAAUGCUAAAGGACAAGGAUUUUAGUGCUGUAUUAGGAAGAAACCAGAUUUUACCUGUUCUCAGCAAAAGUGCUGGCCCUUUACCCAGUGUCAACUCUGACAUCAUGUCAAAGGAUGCCCCUGUGAUGUCUGUCACCACCAGCAACCGGGGACCAGGACAUACCACACACACUGCCACCUUUACCAAAAGUGACACCAAGCAAAACAGAGGUUCUGUCAACAUCUCCAUGCCACCACCAUCACCACCAUAG